GAUUCCGCAAAGCCGGCGGAUUUUGAAUCCGGAGUCGAGGCGUGACUUGCGAGUGGCGUCGACGUGUGAUCCACGCCAGAGGUCCCUUCUGUUGUUAGUUAGCUUCUGACAUUUCUACUACCUACGUUCUAAUUUUCAUGCUUCUCAUGCCUAACCUUUGACCGUGUAAUCUGCAUAAAAUUCAAACCAAAUAAACGGGUAAUUAGAAAAAAAAAAAAGAAAAACGAAUCUUUCAUCUCAAUCGUAUUACUAUAUAUACACCUUGCAUACAAUUCGACAUCUUGCAGUUCUUCAGCUUCAUCAACACCAUUUCCCUCUCUCGGUCUUCACAAAAGAUGAAGAGCCGAACCAACGCCACUCAUAUUAUAUCUUCCAAAUGGAUUCCUUUUAUCUGCUUAUCAUGUUUCGCUCUCGGUCUCAUCUUCAGUAACAGGUCGUGGAACCCUCCUGAAUCCUACGGUCAGUUUAUUUCCAGUGAUUGCGGUACUAAGAAAAAUAUUAAAGAAGAUAAAGAUGUAGUGAAUGAAAUUACGAAAACCCAUGAUGCAGUUCAGUCUUUGGACAAGGCAAUCGCAAUGCUCCAGAUGGAACUGCGAGCAUCCCGGAAUUCCGGGGAAAAAGCUAGCGUAGGAGGUUUUGCUUCCAAUUUGACCAACUUGAACCCAACUAAACCGAAAGUGCUCAUGGUUAUUGGAAUUAAUACUGCUUUUAGUAGUAGGAAGCGGCGUGAUUCUGUUAGGGAGACUUGGAUGCCUCAAGGAGAAAAGCUUGUUCAAUUGGAGCGUGAGAAGGGAAUUGUUGUCCGGUUCAUGAUUGGCCACAGUGCAACAUCCAACAGCAUUUUAGAUAAAGCUAUUGAUUCAGAAGACGCUCAGCACAAGGACUUCCUGCGGCUGGAGCACAUUGAAGGAUACCAUGAAUUGUCUGCAAAAACAAAAACGUUCUUUGCCACUGCUGUUGCAAAAUGGGAUGCUGACUUCUAUGUCAAAGUUGAUGAUGAUGUCCAUGUUAAUCUAGGUAUGCUAGCUUCUACUCUCGCUCAUCACCGUACAAAGCCCAGAGUUUAUAUUGGGUGCAUGAAAUCUGGACCUGUUCUUUCUCAAAAGCAUGUCAAGUACCACGAACCAGAGUACUGGAAAUUUGGAGAAGAGGGGAACAAAUACUUCCGUCAUGCAACUGGGCAGAUAUAUGCAAUUUCGAAGGAUCUUGCCACAUAUAUCUCUAUCAACCAGCCUCUAUUGCAUAAGUUUGCCAAUGAAGACGUGUCACUUGGUUCGUGGUUUAUAGGUCUUGAGGUUGAGCACAUUGAUGACCGCAACAUGUGUUGUGGGACUCCACCAGAUUGUGAGUGGAAAGCACAGGCCGGAAACGUAUGCGUUGCAUCAUUUGAUUGGAGCUGCAGUGGAAUCUGCAAGUCUGUUGAGAAACUAAAGUCUGUACAUGAAAAGUGUGGUGAAGGAGAUAGUGUUGUUUGGAGUGCCCAGUUUUGAACCAAUGCAAGCGGGAAGUGUUUCAGUGGAGAACAUGUCGUCAACAAGGGAUGAAAAUUACAGACUUGAGAUAGGGAAAGAAGUGGACUUAUAUAGAUUAAAAAAAUUCACUAAUAGUCCAAAUUUCUUGAAUGUGAGAGAUCCCCGUGCAUUUGUUGUAUAAGAGUCGACCCUUCAACUGGCUAGCAGCAGCAGGUGCCCAGAUGUGAACCUGCAACAAAUGGUGCAUCAUUCAAGAUAUGUUCUUCCCAUAACAAGUUUGAGGAUACAAUACAAGGCCAUCCAUUCAAAAAAUUAAUUUACUUUUUUAUUUAUGAAUUGAAUGUAAUUUUCUACAUAGGUAUAUUGUUGUCAAAAGACUUUAUGUACGGCCCCAUUUUGUUCCUCAAAAAUGCAAUAACCCGUUUUGUGAUAAAAAGAAUGGCAUUAGCCCAGUUGAAAUUC